GGCGGGAGCCCCGGCGGAGGAUGAACCCGGCGGGGGGCGGGGGGGGACCCCGGCAGCCUUCCAAGAGACGCCUGCCAGCCUCCAGCCCCGGCCUGGGGGACCCCCACCAGCUCUUUGAUGACACCAGCUCCGGCCAGGGCCGGGGUUUCCCGGCCCGCCCCCCGCCCCCGGGUGCGGGCUACGCCUCACCCCCGCAGGCCUUCCUCUCCGAGCCCAUGUCCAACUUCGCCGUGGCCUACGGGAGCAGCCUGGCCAGCCAGGGCAAGGAGAUCGUGGACAAGAAUAUCAACCGCUUCAUCCCCGUCAACAAGCUCAAGUACUACUUUGCUGUGGACACGGUGUACGUGGGGAAGAAGCUGGGCCUCCUGGUGUUCCCCUACAUGCACCAGGACUGGGAGGUGCAGUACCAGCAGGACACCCCAGUGGCCCCGCGCUUCGAUAUCAACGCCCCAGAUCUCUACAUCCCAGCCAUGGCCUUCAUCACCUACAUCCUUGUGGCAGGCCUAGCGCUGGGGACCCAGGACAGGUUUUCCCCCGACGCCCUGGGCCUGCAGGCCAGCUCGGCCCUGGCCUGGCUCAUCGUCGAGGUCCUGGCCAUCCUGCUUAGCCUCUACUUGGUCACGGUCAACACCGACCUCACCACCAUCGACCUGCUCGCCUUCUCGGGGUACAAAUAUGUGGGGAUGAUCGGCGGCGUGGUGACCGGCCUGCUCUUCGGGAAGGUGGGCUACUACCUCGUCCUGAGCUGGUGCUGCGUGGCCAUCUUCGUCUUCACGAUCCGGACCCUGCGGCUGAAGAUCCUGUCGGAGGCGGCGGCCGAGGGGGUGCUGGUACGCGGGGCCCGCAACCAGCUGCGCAUGUACCUCACCAUGGCCAUCGCAGCCGUCCAGCCCCUCUCCAUGUACUGGCUCACCUUCCACCUGGUCCGCUGACGGGCCACCCUGGACCGUGGGGGGGCCCCGGCCCCCUCCCGCAUGCACUCCCUGGACUCCCAACUGGACCCCCCUCCCGUCCCUUAUCCCCUCCUCCGUCUGGGACCACCCGGCCCACGGGGGAAACUCGCCAUAGGAAGUGGCACCGGUGGGGCUCCCGGCUGCUUGGAGCUCGGCAGCCGGCCCGGGGUGCCCUCGGCCGUCCGCUCCCCCACCCAGAGGUGCUCGGCUCACAACUGCACAGCCUGGAACCUGGAGCCCGGGCCCUACGCGGAAACCGUGGUGUCUCCCCUCCAUGUCCUCGGGAGAAAUAAACACCACCGGGCCCAGCC